AGUGUGUUGAGUUGUCCGCCACAGCCGUCGGCCAAAAGCAACGUUAACCUAACGCCGUACGAGUUGUCGGGCCUGAAGGCCACCAUAAUGUGGUUACAGAAACUGCCGGCACAUAAGCGCUCAUUGCCUGAUCUCAUAAUAUCGGCCGACGCCCUCCUGAGCGACGCACAGAUACUGAUCGACGAUCACAGCCAAGACUCUCAUCAAAUGGCAGUCACGGGCCGUCCGGUGCUCUUCUGGACAAAGAAGCCGACGACUGGACUGUCGCUGACAUCACAAUUGCGGCAAAUGAAGAACCCGUCGCUCGUAUUGAAACAGUUGCGCAACAAAGAGGCCUCUUUGGCCGCCAACGCGGCGGCGCCCGUCGCCAGACCUGAGUCGCCUCCAACCCGUCCUAUCAGUUCAAAUCAGUACACCAUUAGCUCCGGUUCUACAUUGAAUGCGGAUCUGAUCCCGAGUUCGUUCGCUGGUCUCAUCGCGCAAACCGGUUCCAAUCACUUCCAGCCGUUUUCUCCCAUUACAAACAGCCCCAUAAUGAGUGCCAUUGGGUCUCCGCUCCCUUCAGGGCCGCCACCGAUGGUCUCGCCAUAUAUGCCGACAGCUCUUCCGCCGCCGCCGCCACUGAUCUCAAAUCCAACCAUUAAUCCCAUGUAUAACCACUCAUACCAAACGACGCCGACAAACGGUACUCAAAGUGUUCACACGUAUAUCAAAAGUACGGAUCAACUAAACGAUCAUAACAUGAAUCUGGUGGAGAAGAAGCCGCCGCUGAAUGUGGCGAUUAGUGAUCACAAUAAUCAUAAUCUAAACAAAAGCUUUACCACAACUGCCACACAAUCGCAA